AAAAACAAAGAACCAAAAUUGACAACAAAUGAGCUGACUUUAAAACAACUCGCUUCAAUUGAAAAAAUCAAAAUACUUCGAAAUUGUAUAAAAAGUGAAAAUCGAACUUUUGAUGUUGAAACUAUAACCGCAAAAAUAUUGGAAAAAUCAGUUUUGGAAGCCUUUGAAACACAAAGAAAAAUAAAAGGUAAUUUUUCUGAUCACAAAUUGAAUUCACAAAACGAAUAUAUAACUAUAUUAUUUGCAAUUGUGUCAAAGGCAACUUCAAUGACUGAAACACAAAUAAAUGGAAUGAGGUCUGUGUUAUUGGUUGCACUUAAACUUCUAGCUGAAAAGGGUGGAAAGGGGCUUUCAAUAUCAUAUGAAACUGUCACCCGAAGAGCUUCACUUAUACCAAUUGUAGAAAAAGAAGAAAUUACAAACAAUUUUGAUAAAUGUGUUGGAUAUGGAAUUUCAACAGAUUCUUCAACAUAUGGUGAUCAUUAUCUCUCUCUUUAUGCAAGAUUUGUUUAUAAAGAUUGUACAUUCGAAGAAAAAAGGUUAAGUAUUUGCAGAUAUUACGAUUCAAAAACGCGAUUAACUGGACAACGAGGAUCGAUAAAAUUGUGUGUAGUGUUUACAAUUCCAAUUUUUCAAAAUUGUGUUCAUUUUGUAGUGAUGGAGAUAUAA